CCUUGCAGCCCGCGCAGCCCGCGUUCCGCCCGGUCUCCCCGGCUCGGUCGCCUUAGCCCCGCGCCAGGUGCUCGGAUUCAGGGGGCCCGCGCUCCCCGGGGGUCUUGCAGUCGAGGGUCCCGCCGCUGCGUGGGAACAUGCCUGGGAAGAAGGCGCGUAAGAACGCGCAGCCGAGCCCGCCGCGGCCUCCGGCAGAGCCCGAGAUGGAGUGUGCCAUACAGAUCAGGAGGAUUGGCGACAAAUUGAAUUUCCGGCAGAAGAUCCUCAGCCUCAUAGCCAAACUUUUCCACUCGGGAACCUGAGCACCGAUGCUUCCCAGGGGCGUGGCUCCUCUCAGCGGGCUCCUUCCCCUGGGAGGCGCACAUCCAAGCAGGGAUUGAUGACCUUGUCAAGGAGAAAAAUGGGAAAGCGUGCUGCGUAGCUGCCCUGGAAGAAUGAAACCGGAAUUUCUCAAAUAUGAAUUUCUGCAAGAGGGUCCCCAGAAAUACUUCUUUGGGAUGGAAGAACAUGAUGCAACCACUUCAUGGAUUCUAAAGCCGGCCUGGAAGAGGCUUCCCGCAGGAGGGAUUGAUGAUUUAUAACUUUGUUUUUGUUUAGAGAAUUCUAGUGUUUUUUUGCAGCAGAGUGAUGCCCAGGCUCAGAGUGGAAGAGCUGAGUGCAGAGUGGGUCCGGGAGCUGGGAGUGGGGGGUCAAGGCAGAAUCUGUUCUGUGUUUGUUGCUACUUUUGAUUGACAACUCCAGCAUACGGCAUGAUGUUUGGUUUAUAUACACAUUAGCUUGUUAAAUGUAAACAAGAUCUUUUUUUUUUUCUGAGAACACUGGGUCUCAGGCUGAAUGUUGAUGUCACGGGUCACUACAAAACAAAGAUUUGAGAGUUUGUUUCUUUUCACUGAAAAUACCUUGGAUAGUGUGUCCUUUGGGAAGAAGAUUGACUGGAAGAAGUACGACUGUUAAUGUCAAUAGGAGUCUUACAGUUUGAGUGUUAAAAGAGCCUGGGGAUUUUGUUUAACUGGUAAUAAUGGGGGGGAAAACAGUGAAUUAGAACUUUUACUGCUGUAAUCAAAACUUAGACAAACUGUGUUAUUAUCAAGUAACUGUUGAUGAGAAAUGAGUGUUUCAAAAUGUUUUUAAUAACUGUAAAAUAUCUUUUCUUGUCAUAAUCAGCUAUAAGAAAGGAUCUUUUAAGAGAAUUAAGCAUGUUUUGUAAUUGGGAUUUAACUUUUAUUAAGGAAAAGGAAAGAUGCCUAUCCACAAUUAAAAUGUUAUUUACUCACAUUGGUCUACACAAUUUAGUUUGCAUUAGAAGAAUUUCCUUUUUGUUACUAGAAGUCCAGACUAUCAACAAAAUCCCAAAAUAUAUGAAAAAGAAGGUCUAGGAUUGAAUUUCUAUAGGGAUAACCUUAUUUAUUUUCAUCUAUUUAUAACGAUAGGGUUGUGUUUUGUUUACUCCAAAAUGUUUAUUACUUAAAGUUGCAUUUUCAGGUUUAGACAUAAAAGUUUCAUAACUACUUGAAUCCUGCUACUAAGAAUGUUUUAACGUAGGCGAUAGUCACUUUAGAUGGAAAAAAAAUUACCUCAGUCUCUUGUUUUUCUUCAGUGUUACUUAAGGCUUUUUUAGUUUGUUUAGUUGCAAUGUUUUUUUGCUGGCCUAGAGGCAUUUCGGAGUGUGACUAUUUAUGGUGGGUAACUGUAUUUUAAACACAUCACUGUAUCACUGUCUUCCCAAUGAUUUACUCGAGCAGGCACCAGUAACGUCUCUAUUGCUCCCAGCCCUGAGAUUUUAGCAGCCUCUCCUUACUCGUCUUUCCCAACAAUUGGAGGCUCUUUCAGGGUCAGGGGAAUGAGACCUAUUGUUACUGUUUUGGGCGUAUCGAAUACGCUAUGGGUAGCUUGCCAGGCUCUGCCUGUGCGGGCGGGAUACUCUCGGUAGCUUACUUCUCCGAGAGGUACACACACACACCACACACACACACACACACACACCACACACACACACAUUAUUACUCUAUGAUUUGUUGCCUACUGUCUAAACUCCAUCAAAUAUGAUAAUUAUGGAAAAUGGGUAGGAAGUGUCUUAUAAUGUGUCUGGAAAGCGGCCUGGAGCGUGGCAGCAGUUGGGUAGUGGAGGUCGGCUGCUGGGGCUGGGUCCCUCUGGGUGGGGAGGGUUCUCACCCGCCCCCUCUGGGGCACCUGAGUGAAAACAGCCUGGCACUGAGUCCCAUGCAAAAAAAAAAAAAAGUCCACUUCAACCUUUGAGCAACCUCCAUAGCCCAGAAGCUGCAUCCGUGAUGCUCAGGGGUUACACCUGCGUCUGCACUCAGGAAUCACCCCUGUGGGAUGUGAGGGAUCGAACCCAGGUAGGCCAUGUGCUAGGUUCAGCCCCAGAAGCUGAGUCCUUUUCCUACUUCUAUAUAUGUAUACCCUGUUCAUGCUCCAUUUAUUUCAUUCAUCUAUGUACAUACUCAUAGUAAAACUUGAUACUGUAGCAAUAAACUAUUGCUAAAAUUUGCCACCA